CAGCCCGUGCUCUCGUGUUCCCGUUCUCCACGCUCUGCCGAGGUGGGUCGCCCGCCGGCGGUGGCUGGCUGCCUCAGUUCGUGGAGGCGUAGGUGGCUACCGCAGCUGACACUCCGCACUGCGGUGGAGCUGCGCGCCCCCUUGCUGCAGCAUCGCCAAACAGCUGACAGGGCCGCGGGGCCUCACUGGCUACCUUCGGCGCGCUGUGGCCUCGCUUGGCUCUGCGGUUUUGCUCUCAAGAGGUGCUGGAGGUAGGAAUCUGCAGCGUGCCGGGGAGUUGGUGCGAACUACGGCCAGGACAGCUUGAACUCUCCUAGGGAUUCCUCUACCAGCCCGUUAGAUCGUGUCGUGCAUUUCUCCAGAUACCAAAAUAAAAUAUUCCCUCCAGUGUCCUUUUGGAUUAAAAACGGAAAAGACCAACUCUUCCCACUGUCAGGAACUAUCCGUCUUCAGAGUCUGAGAUAAAGGCUGGCAUAUGAGAAAGCUAUGUCUUUGCAGCCCUUCCAUCCCUAACGCUCCCAGAGGGGCUUCGUUUCUAUCAUUUUUUUUUCUAGCCUCCGGAGAGAUUUCUCCAGAGCAUUGACCCAGAGGACUUGAUCAGUUUACGAUUAGAAGUGACGUUGUUUCCCGAGCCCCCAAAAUGGCAGCUAAAAUGGAGAUAACUUUGAGUACCUACCCCAAGGAUACUGACAAGCAAGAGAAACACAUAAUGAUGAAGCUGGAAGAAAAGCGUGGCCCCCCUCAGCAAAAAGCCUGCCCGGAUCCGGAGCUUUCCCGCCAGAGCUUCAGACACUUUUGUUACCAAGAAGUUUCUGGACCCCAGGAAGCUCUUUCGCGCCUUCGACAGCUCUGCCGACAAUGGCUGCAACCCGAACUGCACACUAAGGAGCAGAUUUUGGAGCUCCUAGUGAUGGAGCAGUUUCUGAUCAUCUUACCUCCAGAGAUCCAGGCGCAGGUCAGGCAUCGAUAUCCAGCGAACAGCAAGGAAAUAGUGACUCUGGUGGAAGAUUUGCACAGAGCAUCCAGAAAACCAAAGCAAUGGGUGGCUGUUUGUGUACAAGGGCAGAAGGUGCUUCUGGAGAAAACAGGGGCUCAGCUUGUAGAACAAGAACUUCCAGACUUUCAACCCCAAACUCCUAGCAGAGAUACUCGAGAGAACUCGCUGGAAGAACCUUCCUGGGAAGGAUCUCAUGACCAGCUGAGUCCCCAUCAUUGGGAAAAAUAUCCCCUCUACCAGGAGCCAGUCCCCACAUUGACUGAGCCAGAGUCCUGCAGGAUGAGAAGUGACAACAAGGAAAACCCACAACAGGAGGGGGCCAAAGGAGCAGAGACACAUGCAGUGUCAUCCAGGAGAUCUAAAGGGAGUAGUCUGCACAGCCCUGAGCCAAGAGGGGUGACCAUGAAUGAGCCCCGAUUGUCACAGAGGCAGGCCAGUCCCCCAAAAGCUCAGAAGGCAUUUGCUCACUACGAGAGACAUUGCAGACAACUGGAAUAUAUCAGCAACCCCCUCAGAGGCCACCCGCUGAGAGAGUUAAAGAAAAGCCAAGGAGGCAGGGGAAGCCUAAGCAGUCUCCAGCAAUGUCUUAGUCACCAGGCACCCCACUCAGCAAAGAAACCUUAUAAAUGUGAUGACUGUGGGAAAAGCUUCACGUGGAAUUCAGAGCUGAAACGACAUAAGAGAGUGCACACAGGAGAGAGACCCUACAUCUGUGGGGAGUGCGGAAACUGCUUUGGGAGGCAGUCAACUCUGAAACUGCACCAGAGAAUCCACACUGGGGAGAAACCAUACCAGUGCAGCCAGUGUGGGAAAAGCUUUCGCCAAAGCUCAAAUCUCCACCAGCACCACAGGCUCCACCAUGGGGACUAAACAGAUGCUAAGUGCUUUAGAGUCCCAGGGAAGGGCUUCCUGUCUCUCCUUUCCCUUAUGUGCAUGUGAAUCACAGAUUUGCAAAGGAACAAGAGGCCCUUGGGGAGUGAUGGGUGAAUAAUCUGGUAAGGAGCUCAAAAGGAGGCUGUCUGCAAAGAUGGCUGAUGUAGGUGUUGGGGCAAAGAGAACUGCAGUCUCUGCAGAGGGGGGACUAGUUACUGAGGAAUAGUUAGGAUGAGCCAAAGUGGUUUUAAUUAAUCCUUAAAUUCUC